AUGAAAGGAGAUAUUGAUGCAAGUUUGAUAUUGGAUGAUAAAUCUUCAAAACGUGAGUAAAAAAAUAAGAACAUUAGUGAGUAUCCUUAAAUUUUCAGAUGAUGAAGAUGAACUUUUCAUAUUGACCAAUGAAGCAGUUGCACGUUUAGACUCAAUUGGUUUGUGAAAAUGUUGUUUUAUUUGUUAUAAAAUAUUCUUUCAGGUAUCAACGAUUCGCAUCCAUGGGAAAUUUACUAUAAUCAGCUGUGUUCAAAAAACGAACAUAAUUUGCUAAAAAACAUAACCUUGGAUCAUAUUCAAUUAUUUCGAAAUUCAUCUGGAACAACUUGGUGGAAAGAGAAAAGAAGUGUAAAUAAAUCAAAGAAUAAGCGAAGAAAACUUGAGACAUCUGAUACAAUUCCUUCUGGACCUUUUGCAUUAUAUUCAGUUAUUUCAAAAAACAAUAAUUGUAUGCAAUUAACUCCUAUUUACAACGAAGUUGUCGCCAAUGACAGAUUCGAUCUUCGAAUUAUCGAACUCAAUGAAAAUAGUAUGGAUAUUCUCAAUAAUGGAAAAGUUGUCAACGAAGAUCAUCCAAUUGGAGAUGUUAUCUGUGUUAAAAAACUGCAACAAAAGUAUGAUAAUGAAUCGAUUUGUUUUGAUGAAAUUUCCUUCGAAGAUACCAAAAAUGGAAAAUUGUUUUGGGAAGUCUCGAGUUUUUUUGUGCUUUCAAGAGAUGUUUUCGAAAAUGUUAUCACAUCUCCUUAUACAAAAGAGCAAAACAACUUUCUUUGUGUUGGUUCAAAUUUUGUUCAAAUCAUCUGUUUGCCAAAGAAAAUUGCACCAAAAGAAACAAAGAUUGAUACUCUGCUCAUGGCAUCAAUUUUUGUUCCAAGGACAACACACGGACGGUUUUUGAAGUUAUUGAAACGCGAUUAUCGUGAAGAAGUUGUAAAUUUAUGCGCAGACCCUUUAUUGAUCGAGAAACCGAGCCCGAUUGUUAUGAAAGCUCGACUGGCUCCACUUUUUGUCAAAAAUAUUUUUGAUAAUUUUAAUAACGCAUUCAAGAAUUCACAAAGAGAAGCAGCAUAUCAAUCAUUGAAAAUCGUUGUUCAACAUGGUUCUAUUGGUAUUCAUUCCAUCAAAAAUCAAAAAAUUGAUUUGACCAAGUACAAAACUACUAUCAAAACAUAUGAAGUAUCGAAGCCAUAUAUUUAUUUCAAGUUUUUGUUGACUGGUGAAAAGACUGCUCCGCCAAUUGAAAAAUGGAACAGAUCUGCUCGAAUUCAAAUCUCAAAUGGAAAAGAAACAGCGUCGGCUGAUAUUUUGAGUGUAAAACAAUCGAAUUUAAUUCUUGAAGUGAAAGCAAGAAGUUUCUUACAUCCAACUGUUGAAGCCAUAUUCAAGAUAUUCAAGGAAAAAAGUUUAACAGUUUAUCAAAAACCUGAUUUCAAGCCGAGAAUUGUGGAUUAUGAAAUUAAAGAAGGAACAAAUUCAGAUCGAUUGAUUCAAGCAAUUUAUGGAGGAAAACCAUUGAAACUUCCAAAAAUUGAAAAAAUUCCUCCAAUAAAAUUUGGCAGUUUUGUUCUUCUCGAAAAGCAAACAAGAUAUGUACAAUUGAUGGCCGAUGAAAGAAUUAGUGCAUUAAUUGGAUCAAGUUCAUUUGGAUGUGGUAAAACAGCAACAAUUGCUGCAUCUGCCCUUUAUUCAUCAAAUAUCAAUCCGAAAUCGAUUCAAAUUGUGACUGCAAUCACAAAUAGUGCAGUUGUUGCACUUAUCGAAAAAAUCGAACAACUCAAACAAAAUGUAAGCCUUGUUCGAAUUAUUUCACAAAAUAAUAUGUUGGAAGUGCAUCCGGAUGUUUUGACAAAAUUCGAUUAUCCGAAAAUGUUAGAAGAUUUGCUGCUUGAAUGUCUGAAAAAGGAAAGCGAAUCAUCCGACGAUUUCUACAAGCACGCUUUCUCGUACUUAAAAAGUAGAUCAAUUGUACCAGAUCUGACUUCUUUUUCAAGUAGUAUUCAAAAAAUAUACUAUUCCGCUGAUGAAUAUGAUGAAUCUUUUCUUUUAUCAUUUUUCAUGAUGAAAAAAGAACCAAAGAUUAUUGUCGGAACUGUUCAAUCAAUUAUAAAUGCUUUUUACACUAAUUGGAAUGAAUAUUCGAAAGAUGUAUGUACAAUUCAAAUCGACGAAUCUUCAACAUUACCACGAGAAUCUCUUCUUCAUGUUGCUUUUUGUUUUCCAAAUUCGCGAAUUUCAUUUGUUGGAGAUCAUCGACAAUUGGCACCAUAUUGUGAAAAAGAAUCAAGUCCACUUUUAAGAAACACUGCUGUCGGCAAUUUUUUGGAAGAUUCCAAAAAUCUUCUUCCGUCUGUUUUUUUGAAUCGAGUUUUUCGAUGUCGACCUGAAGUUACGAAGAUUCUUGGAGAUUUGUUCUACAAUUCAUCACUUAUUAGUGAACAUAGAAAAGUAGAAACUGAAGAUCGUCUCAAGAAAGUUGCAGCUCUUCAGAAAUAUCCCAUCAUUUUUAUUGAUACUAAAAAAUCAUCUCAAGAUCAAGUUGGAACAACAUUGAAAAAUAUCAAAGAAGCCAAAAUGGCAAAAGAAUUGGCCGAGAAAUUAUUAAAAUAUAUCAAGAAAACCGAUAUUGCCAUUCUGUGUUUUUAUAAAGGACAAUUGGAUGAAUUUUAUGAUUGGAGUCGAAAAACUGGCAUUUAUGUUGGAAGUGUUGAUUCAGGACAAGGUAGAGAAUGGCCUGUUUGUAUUAUUUGUACAACUCGAACGACUUCAAUGAAAAAUUGUCAAUUUAUGAUUGAUAAUCGAAGAAUAAAUGUUGCAUUAUCGAGAAGUAGACAUUUGAAUUUUAUUUUUGGACACAAAUCAAGUAUGGAUAAUGCGAAAAAUUGGAAAAUAGUUAUUCAAAAAUGCAAAGAAAAAUCAACGAUUUUUGAUUCAAUACAUUUUUUAUAAAGUUUUAUUGGUUAGUUUUCAAAAUCCUGAUAAUUUUUGGAAAAAUAAACUUUUGUUUCAGGUAUCCGCUUUUUUCCACAUCAUUUUAUCAACUGCUUUCAUUUUUGUCUCAAUGAGGUAAGAUUUUUUUGAAGGAGGAGGAAUAAGAAAAUCAGUUUCGAAUGAAAGAGCACUCUCGAAAUUAAUAAGAGGAUCAGGAAAAAACUAACGUUUUGUUUGGAAAUAUUCUCUCUUGGUAAAAAGAUUGUGAAUUUUUCUUGAGUUCCAGCAAUAUUCAUGCCAUCUCAAAAGUGCUCUUUCUUUUACAUUAACUUUUCUUCCCCCUAACUCUCUUUUAAGAAAUUAAAAAUUCAUAAUUCAUAUUAUUUUCAGAAUCUACUGUUUGUCUGCUCAACAAUUUUUGACUAAUAUUCAUAUAUUUUUUGUGUACAUAAACUAGUUAUAUUUUUUGUAUCAACUAUAAUAUUUGUGCAAAUGAAAAAUUCCUAACAGAAAACAAGGAAGGACUGAAAAAAUGAAAAUUCCAAAUCGAUUAUAAUUAUCAUGGAAUUCUCAAUUAUCCGGCAUAACUGGACUUUUAUCAAAUCUUUUCAGUUUUAUUCUGGUUUAUUUUGUGAAAACGAAGCAAGUCAAGAAAUCGAAAAUAUUAAUUAUGGUUUAUUGUUUGGUCGAUAUGUUCUACUGUAUUUUUCAUAUGAUUACAAUUCCGACUUUUGCAUUCGUUGAUGAUGUUUAUGUAUUUUAUUCCUAUAAAAACUGGGAAAAUAUUCUAACCGGAAAAAUUCUAUUAGUUAUAUACACAUAUUUUUAUUCACAGGUUAUUAAAAAGGGGCAAGGAAAUUUUGGUAUACUGUCGAUUUCAGAAAACCAAAUUCUUAAAAUUUUGGUUUUAAAAAAUAGACGAAUAAUUUUUUGAAAUUAAUCGAUUAAUCGUAAGUAAUUUCCAUUUUGCAGUCAAUAACAGUUCUGAUGGUUCAAUUUAUUUUCCGUUAUUGGGUUCUUUCUCCGCUGAGCAGAAAAUAUAGUUUCAGUUCAACAUUAAUUGUUUGUGGAACAACUUUGAUUAUAGUUGUUCUUCCAAUAAUUUAUCUUUUUCCACCAGUUUAUUCUGCUUGGUUCAAUCCUGGAUUUCAAAAUGAUUAGGCUGACAAAAAUGAGGUAAUGUGGUAUUUAAAUACAACAUUUAUUUUUUACACGUUUGCAAUAAUGCAAUUUUACAAAAUGCAAUUUCACAAUUUUACCCAUUUGCAAAAAUACCAGAAUACAACCCUUUUUUUUCUGCUUUGGCAAAAAAUCACCAAAUUCAACGUUCCGCAUUUUUCCAACACGAUUCCACGUGGAAGCAAAAACAUAAUACAGUAAACCUCUCUUGUUUAUUCGAUCUCGAACAAAAGGUCUAAAUUUCUCAUUAUCAAUUAAAUUUUUUUCAACCGGAUAUGGCGUAAAUUGGAUGGUGGAAAACCAUUUUCAUUCAGAGAAAAUUCCAAAUUCAGAAACACUGAUUUUUGGAAAAUUGUCAUCAUCGAGGCUUCUCACUGCUUUUUACAUGAAUUGAUAGCGAUCAAAAUGAUAAAUUAUUUGUGAAGAGCACAGAUAUACUAUUCAACUCGCUUUAUAUUAACACUUUAAUUGUUUCAAUAACAUUUUCUCAACAAAAAUUAACACAAAAUUGUUGAAAUUUUGGGAAAAUAACAAAAAUGUUGUAUUCUGGUAUUAUUGCAUUCUGGUAUUUCUAAUAAAAAAAAUAAUUGCAUUCUGGUACCAUUAAAAAAACGUGAGUUGUAUUCUGGGCGGACAUUUUUAGCAUUUUUAAAAAUGUUGUAUUAUUGCAUUAUUUUUGCCAGCCUAAAAAUGAUACAAUUUUAAAAAUAAGUCAUAUUUUACUCGAUGGCGAACAAGGUUUUGUUGAACUUGGUCUUCGAAUUGAUGAUUCAAUUCAAGUCAAAAAUGCGUUAUAUUCAUUUAUUUUGGCAUCAAUUGUUCUUUUGUCACAAGUAUUUUAUUCAUUUUUGUAAAUACUUUUAAUUAAUUUUUCCAGAUUUCUGUCAUUAAUUUUUGUGCAUUUCGAGCUCAUCAAUCUGUAAAUAUUGGUUCAAUGAGUGAGAAAACAAGACAAAUUCAAAGACAAUUAUUGAUUUUUCUUGUUGCCCAAACUACAGUAUGCUUUACAUGUUGCUCAGUUCCAGUUGCUUUUUGUAUGAUCAGUUUAUUUUUGAAAAUUGAUUUACAUGAGAUCGGAAUAUUGGCAACAAGUUGUAUGGCUUGGUUUCCGAUGCUUGAUUCAAUUAUUUUAUUCACUUGCGUGUCAACUUAUAGAAAUGCAUUGAAAAAUCUAUUGAAGCGCAAAAAACCAGAAAAUUCGAUAGUUUCUGUUGGAAAUGCAAGUACCACUAUCGGAUGA